AUGGAUUAUCAAAAACUUAUCAAUGUUGACAACACCAGUUGGAUGAUUCCAAUUGAAAUGAUGUUGGGUAGUAUAAUUCACAGAGAAGUUCAGUCAUGCAGCAUCUCCAAGGUUCCAGACAGAAUUCGCAAGCCAAACAAUGGAGCAUACAAGCCCCAGGUUGUCUCCAUUGGACCCUACCACAGGGGAUCCGAAGGCGAAAACGAUCUCAUGUUGAUGGAACAACCUAAGUGGAGUUACAUGUUGCAUAUUCUUGGACGUUCCCAAGAACAAGAAAAUGGAAAAACCGAGGAAAGUCAACAGGGACCAGAACAAGAAAAUGGAAACGCCGAGGAAAGUCAACAGGGACCAGAACAGGAAAACGAAAACGCCGAGGAAAGUGAUCAGGGACCAAUUACGUUGAAAAUUUGCGGCACAACCAUUCUGGAGUUAGACAGCAUAAUCCGUGCCAGCUACGGAGGGAACAUCCAAACCGAACCACACGAGCUGGCCAAAAUAAUGCUACUGGAUGGUCUUUUCUUGUUGGAAUUUCUAAUCAGGCUUAGCAAGUACAUGGAUGCCUUGAGCGACAACAAUUAUUUUGUCCAUAGUCAUUACCAUGAUGACCCCAUAUUCGAAAGCCAGGAGAAACUAUUGUCUGUUUUGAGUGACAUGUUGUUGCUUGAGAAUCAAAUACCCUUCAUUGUUCUCAAGAAGUUGUAUAGGAGACUCUUCCCCUGUGAUGUUCCCAGUGAGGAAGAUCAUCGUGUUGCUGAACUUGCAUUGGGAGCUCUUGGCUACCCUUUGAUUACUCCUACAGCUGGCGUGGCUCACCUCCUUCACCUUGUUCAUUUGUCCAUAACAAACCAAGAGGAGAGACACGAAACGAGGCACGCGCGGCGAGAGUUGAAGUGUUGUGCUACGAGGCUUCGAGCUAAUGGAAUAAAAAUAAAACCCGCGGAAAGAAGCAAUGUUGAUUAUGCUGAUUAUUUGAACAAGUUUGAGUUUUUUGAUAACUUUGACUUUGAGAUAAAAUUCAACAACGACGAUGGGGUGUUGGAGAUUCCUCAGCUGCAUAUUAAGAAGUCAACGGAAGUCAAAUGGAGGAACUUGAUCGCCUGGGAGCAAAGCAGGAUUGGGAACAGAUGCAAAUUGACUUCGUAUGCAUUGUUCUUCCAAGGUUUGAUUUGUUGUCCCCAUGACAUUGAACUGCUUGAGCAUGUCGGGGUUUUAGUCAAUGAAUCCGAGAAAAGUAAUGAAGAUUUGCUGAAGCUGUUUCAUACGAUCUGUGAGGGAGUUGAACACAUGGAUUCGAGUUAUAGCGAAGAUUGUGCCAAGUUGAACAAAUACACGACAACGACUCUAUUAACUAUGUUGAAAAAAUGGCCUAUUGUAAUUUGGCAUCAGUGCAGAUGUCUCUUUGCGAUUAUUCUUUUCUAUUGGAAAAAUUGGUACAGCAUUUUGAUCAAGGAACAUAUCCCUACGGUUUGGAAACUCAUUGGAGUGUUGGCAGCUAUCGUGCUGCUAGGUCUCACUGUGGUACAGACAUAUUAUGCAGCACGCAGCGAUAAUUAA